AAGAAGAUUUUCGUUGAUGAAAUACACCAUUUCUUUGUGUGUUCAUUGUACAAGAUAAAGAAAGAAGAGAAAAAGAAAAGAAAAAAUAAGCUGUUGAUUGUAUCACACUCACAAAAGUAAAGCCAACACGUGUCAUCUGUUGCCUUUUUUGAGUCAAGAUUUGAGUCUGUGUGGUGUGUGUGUGUUCUAACCAGGUUUUUCCUUGUCCAAGUAUUUAUGUUCUCAUUUACAGCAAAAAGGGGGUUAUUUGUGCCCAAGAGAUACAAAGUGACAUUAACAAAGGCAAAUCCAUCUCCUCAGGCUCAAAUAAAACGCCCUACACCUAUUUUGUUUGUUCGUACACUUCUUGACUCUCCAACCAAACUAAGUGAUUUAGGUUAUGCUAGUGUUGAUGCAGCUAUCCAUAUUAAACCAGAGCAACAAGACCCUCUUUCUACUUACUAUCGAGAAUUAAGCCAAGUAACCAAUGAUCUCUCUUUCUUUCCACCUCUUAUGAUCAGUCGAGGCCCCAUUGCAUGGCGUAUCUCUCAAAAAUACGUGUCCAACAAACCAGUGUCUGGUCUAGUGAUGGUAGACAGUGAUCAAGACGAAUCUUGUCUUUUACCAGCUUAUCCUACCAGUCCAUUUGAGCCUCAUUUUCCUAUCUGUAUGGUCUCUCGUCAAUCCCCACCUGACUUUUUAGAGGGUUGGAUUGACCACUAUGCUUGUGAGGAUGAAAUAACUCAAGUACUUGUAUGGAUGGACGAGAUGGGCAUGUAAUCCAUUUUGUGACUCUAUUUACGCUUUUUUUUUUUUUCUUUUUCUUUUUCUUGCUUCAAAUAAAUGGGUUAUUGGGGAACAGUAACAAGUUCUGUGGAUUGGUGUGAAGAGAAUUACAUACAUUCUGA